GGCGGCGGGUCAGUCUCCGCCGGGCGCUCCGGGGAUCAGCUGGCGGGCGGGCGGGCGCCUAACGCUGCCCCGGCUCUCGCCUCAGCGCCGCCUCCUCUCCGCGUCGCAGGCAGGCCCGGCGGCCGUGACAAUGUUGCGGGGCUGGUAGCUGGGCGCCGGCCGCCGAGCCGUCUCAAGUUUAAACUUACACGAAUCGCUCUCUGGAGGAGGAGGGGACCCACCGCGCGAUUGACACGCAUAUUCCUAUAGGCAUCCUCCCUCAGCCCCCACCCCCACGGCCGGAUUCGGGUGGCUCCUCUCCGAGCUGAAAUCCGAGAAGAAAUCUUUGGAUCUCUUUUCUUAAAAAAAAAGAAAAAUUCCAGAAACCAUCAGUAUUUUGCUUUGCUGCUUCCUAUUUGCAAGAUGAAGAAGUUUUUCGACUCCCGGCGAGAGCAGGGCAGCUCUGGCCUGGGCUCCGGCUCCAGCGGAGGAGGGGGCAGCACCUCGGGCCUGGGCAGUGGCUACAUCGGAAGGGUCUUUGGCAUCGGGCGACAGCAGGUCACUGUGGAUGAGGUGCUGGCCGAAGGUGGAUUUGCUAUUGUGUUUCUGGUGAGGACAAGCAAUGGGAUGAAAUGUGCCUUGAAACGCAUGUUUGUCAACAAUGAGCAUGAUCUCCAGGUGUGCAAGAGAGAAAUCCAGAUAAUGAGGGACCUGUCAGGGCACAAGAACAUUGUGGGUUACAUUGAUUCUAGUAUCAACAAUGUGAGUAGCGGUGAUGUAUGGGAAGUUCUCAUUCUGAUGGACUUCUGUAGAGGAGGCCAGGUGGUAAACCUGAUGAACCAGCGCCUGCAAACAGGUUUUACAGAGAAUGAAGUGCUUCAGAUAUUUUGUGAUACCUGUGAAGCUGUUGCCCGUCUGCAUCAAUGCAAAACUCCUAUUAUCCACCGUGACCUGAAGGUUGAAAAUAUCCUCUUACAUGACCGAGGCCACUAUGUCUUGUGUGAUUUCGGAAGCGCCACCAACAAAUUCCAGAAUCCACAAACUGAGGGAGUCAAUGCAGUAGAAGAUGAGAUUAAGAAAUACACAACACUGUCCUAUCGAGCACCAGAAAUGGUCAACCUGUACAGUGGCAAAAUCAUCACUACGAAGGCAGAUAUUUGGGCUCUUGGAUGUUUGUUGUAUAAAUUAUGCUACUUCACUUUGCCAUUUGGGGAGAGUCAGGUGGCAAUUUGUGAUGGAAAUUUCACAAUUCCUGAUAACUCUCGAUAUUCUCAAGAUAUGCACUGCCUAAUUAGGUAUAUGUUGGAACCAGACCCUGACAAAAGGCCAGAUAUUUACCAGGUCUCCUACUUCUCAUUUAAACUACUCAAGAAAGAAUGCCCGAUCCCAAAUGUACAGAACUCUCCUAUUCCUGCAAAGCUUCCUGAACCAGUGAAAGCCAGUGAAGCAGCUGCAAAAAAGACCCAGCCAAAGGCCAGACUGACAGAUCCCAUUCCUACCACAGAGACUUCAAUUGCACCCCGCCAGAGGCCUAAAGCUGGACAGACUCAGCCAAACCCAGGAAUCCUUCCAAUCCAGCCAGCCCUGACACCUCGGAAGAGGGCCACGGUUCAGCCCCCUCUUCAGGCUGCAGGACCCAGCAAUCAACCUGGCCUUUUAGCCAGCGUGCCCCAACCAAAAACCCAAGCCCCACCCACCCAGCCUCUGCUGCAAUCUCAGCCCAAGCAGCCACAGGCUCCGCCUACCCCACAGCAGAUGCCUUCCACUCAGGCCCAGGGUCUGCCCACUCAGGCCCAGGCCACACCCCAGCACCAGCAGCAACUCUUUCUUAAGCAGCAGCAGCCACAGCAGCCACCACCACAACCACAGCAGCCAGCAGGCACGUUUUACCAGCAGCAGCAACAGCAGGUGCAGACUCAACAGUUUCAGGCAGUACAUCCAGCAACCCAGCAACCAGCGAUUGCUCAGUUUCCUGUGGUGUCCCAAGGAGGCUCUCAACAGCAGCUGAUACAGAACUUCUACCAGCAGCAGCAGCAGCAGCAACAGCAGCAGCAGCAGCAGCAGCAGCAGCAGCAGCAGCAGCAGCAGCAACAGCUGGCCACAGCCCUGCAUCAACAGCAGCUGAUGACUCAGCAGGCUGCCUUACAGCAAAAGACUGCUGUGGCAGCAGUACAGCAGCCCCAGGCGCAGCCACCUGCAGCCUCACAGCCAUCCCCUGCCCAAGAGCCAGCGCAGAUUCAAGCCCCAGUAAGACAACAGCCAAAAGUUCAGACAACCCCACCUCCUAACAUCCAGGGUCAGAAACUUGGAUCUCUCACUCCUCCAUCAUCCCCCAAAACCCAACGUUCUGGGCACAGGAGGAUUCUCAGUGACGUAACUCACAGUGCAGUCUUUGGGGUCCCUGCCAGCAAAUCAACCCAGCUGCUUCAGGCAGCUGCAGCUGAGGCCAGUCUCAAUAAGUCCAAGUCUGCCACCACCACUCCAUCAGGCUCUCCUCGGACCUCCCAACAAAACGUUUAUAAUCCUUCAGAAGGUUCUACAUGGAAUCCCUUUGAUGAUGACAAUUUCUCCAAACUCACAGCUGAAGAGCUGCUAAACAAGGACUUUGCCAAGCUGGGGGAAGGCAAACAUCCUGAGAAACUUGGAGGCUCAGCUGAGAGUUUGAUCCCAGGCUUUCAAUCAACCCAAGGUGAAGCUUUUGCCACUUCCUCAUUUUCUGCUGGAACAGCUGAAAAAAGAAAGGGUGGGCAGACUGUUGAUUCUGGCCUCCCACUUCUAAGUGUAUCUGAUCCUUUCAUUCCUCUUCAAGUACCUGAUGCACCAGAAAAACUAAUUGAGGGACUCAAAUCUCCUGACACUUCUCUUCUGCUCCCUGACCUCUUGCCUAUGACAGAUCCUUUUGGUAGCACUUCCGAUGCUGUAAUUGGUAAAGUCAUCAUCUCUGUUUCUUCAGUCAUGCGUGAAAAAGCUGAUGUUGCUGUUGAAAGUCUUAUACCAGGACUGGAGCCCCCGGUUCCCCAACGCCUCCCAUCUCAGACGGAAUCUGUGACCUCAAACCGCACAGCUGCAGAAGAUAGUAAUCUCAUCUCAGGUUUUGAUGUCCCUGAGGGCUCGGACAAGGUGGCAGAAGAUGAGUUUGACCCUAUUCCUGUAUUGAUAACCAAAAACCCACAAGGGAGAUGGCUUGAUGUUAUCAGGAAGUUAGUGGACAGCCAGCAAUUCUCAGGCAAAAUACGUUUUGAUUUGAAAAUAGCGACCUCUUUGCAAGGUCUCCAGAGAGAGCCCAGUCCUUGUCCUGUAAUAACUGUAGAGCACUUUAAAGAAUCGACUGGUAUUAAAGGCCUACCCCUGUAUCCACACCCCUCCAGAAUACCUGGCACAAAGACUCAGAACAAUUUAGAAUCCGACUAUUUGGCCAGAGAUGGCCCUUCAAGCAACAGCUCAUUCCACAGCAGUGAAGAGGAAGGGACUGACCUUGAGGGAGACAUGCUAGACUGCAGUGGGUCUCGACCUCUUCUUUUGGAGUCUGAAGAAGAGGACGAGAGCUGCAAGCCCCCCCAGGGGAAGCUGGGAGGAACUGUUCCAUCUGCUCUGCCUGAAGUCUCUACUGAGCAAGCAAAGGCAGUGCAAGGUAGAAGAAAGAACCAGUUCCAAGCCCUCACACAACCAGCUGCUGAUGGGCUUGGUGAGCCAGAUGUUUUUACCACAGCCCCCUUCAGGAGCUCAAGGGUUCCAGCUAAUGACAUGGACAUUUUCUCCAAAGCUCCAUUUGUCUCCAAGGGCAAUGUGGCUCCUUCCCAACCAGAGGAGGCAGACGUAUUCUUGAGAGCUCCUUUUACUAAGAAGAAAAGCAUGGAGGAGUUAACAGUUGUCCAGAGUACCUCCCAAGAGUUGCCUGCUCAGGCCAGUCUCCUAGGUCAGACGGGUGAUGUCCCUCUGCUCUCAGGCCUUGAUAGAGCAGUGUACACCUCUGUCCAAGCUCAGUAUUCCAUGGUUGGUUUUGUGCAACAGUCUAACUUCCCUUCCCCUUCUGUACAAAUGGCAGACCAUCUUGACAGCGUCUCCCCCAGGGGUUCCUCCCUGGAAUCUGGGGGCCAUCCUAGUGACAGAAACAAAGGACCUCCGCCCCAGAAAGAAGCUGUCUCAGGCCCCAUGACUGGCAAACCAUUCUGCCCCCAGUCCUUAUCCAAAUAUUCCCGUCACUAUAGCCCAGAAGAUGAGCCAAGUCCAGAAGCCCAGCCCAUUGCUGCCUACAAGAUUGUUUCACAAACCAACAAGCAGUCAAUAGCUGGCUCUGUUUCCAUCACAUCCCUUUCCUCCAGGACUGCAGAGCUGCCACCUGCUGAUCCUUUUGCUUUGGCACCCUUUCCUUCAAAAUCAGGCAAGCAGAAACCUUAGGUGCAAUACCUGAGCCUUAGGCCUCUGUCUCCACCCCACCCCCAAUACUCACCACACCCCAUUCCCUGCUGAGCCUUCCCAAGAAGAAAUAUUAUCAAUUAUUACCUUUCAGUUCCCUGCAUCAGAGCUGAAUUAUUUCAUUCAACAAACUCAGUUGUAGUGAUAUUUAGUUGAAUCCCCUUUAAGUUAUGCUCAUUUUUGCUGUUGUUAAUAUUGAUUUCUGGACUUUCAUGCAUUUCCAUUUCCUUCAUAGAGGCCUUCCACCUCCACCCAGAACUCUGCUUUUUUUUUUUUUUUUUUUCUGAGAAACUGUUUUAAACUCAAGAAUAGUUUACCCCAGUCCCAGAGGGGCUGUAUUAUUGCUAGUUUUAAUUCCUGCUGCUCCAUUUCUGAGUCAUGUCCAUUGAAGAAUCAAAAUAGUCCCUCUAGGACUUGGCUUAAUACUUUUGAAAAGGGGAAAGAGCAAGAUAAAAGUCCUGCACAUCAAGAAAUAUAAUCCUGCAGCUACAAACCAUUCCUGUAGAACCAGCAGCUCUACGAGGAUUCUCUGGAUCUGUUUCUGAGUCUGUGCAAGCCAGGCUGGCCCUCGUGCAUGCAUGUCUGUGGGUGUGUAAUGUGCAUCAGAUCCUUUCCUGUGUAGAUGUGAACGCAGAUGGGAUAACUGCUCAUGUCUAAUUGUGUUGGCAGGGCCUUCCCCACAUCCACACUUUUUAAAUUAGUACAAGUGCACAGGUAUGUGUGUGCAUGUGUGUGUGUGUGCACAGGAAGCAUUUUUCUUUUAGGUAAAUCCUGUCCCAUCAUGCCCACUCCAUUAUCAAAUCACUCAUUUACUGGUGUUUAUCUGCUGACCUAACUGACUUGAGUCCUGUUUGUUUUUUUGUUUUGUUUCAGUUUUUUUCUCAUGGCAGAAUUGAAUUCAUUGCAAGGUGUAGGGAAAUACUACUUAAACAGGUUUCAGAGUAGAUUUUUUUCCUCCAAAAUUUGCUUUUUGCUAUUAACAAAUUCCUUUUACCUGGUUGUGAAAAAUUGUUUUUGUACAUUUUCACUUCACAACAAGAGAAAAGAGCCCCUCGUUUCAGUUCCAACCACUGGAUAUAUGGACUCAAUGCCAUCAUUAUGGAACCCAUUAAUCAUGAGACUAGGCUACAGACUAUGUUUGCUUGCUUUUUGUUUUUUCCCUAGAUCUUCGUCAUCUCUCUCUAUUGCCAACUGAGGAAAUAUAAAUCUGAGACAUGUAAAUGAGUUUGUCUAGGAGAAAGGAAAAGAGCUGAAUCAGCUAGCCAUGAAAACCUUUAAAUUCUGUAUCCUCUUUAGAUGUUGAAGUAGGCCAGACAGGUGACUGACUUGCAUUUUUGAAAAUGUCUUUUAUUUCUGGAAAGAUCUGACUCAUUCCUAGCUUUUUUCAUAUGCUUUAUUAUUAGUGCCUUAAAAUAAACCCUGCAUCUCAAUGGGGAGAUUUCUCCUGAGGAAGUCCAACUUAAUAGAAAGAGUUGCUGCAUCAAGUUUCAAUUUGAAAUCUUCCUAUGACUUCUAGUAAAAGUUAGUGAUUUCUCCAUUAGCUGGAGAAGUUCAGAGAGUUGUUUACCAAACCUGAUUAAUGAUUUAAGAAUUAUUUGAAAUUCUUCCAAGAAUAAAGCCUAAAUGUCAAGCUCUACUGCUGUUGAUUAGGUGUGAUAUUCUUUAAAUUUAAAGUUAGAGAACUUAGCAGUAAAAUAUAAAGAGCUACUUUUCAACCAUUUCUAAUUUUUCUUUUUUUGGUUAGCCUCUACCUAUUUCAGAUGUCCAGGUUAAAAAAUAGCUUAAAUAAUUGGCACUGUGUCAGGACUACUAGCAGUAGUUGCCAACUGAGGUCUCAACUGUGCCAGAAACCUAUGUCUUUCACAUGCUAAAUGUUCAUUCUAAGAAUUCACAUUCUCCCAGUUAUCAUUUCUGAUUUUUCUGUGCAACAGUGGAUGCAAAAUCAUCUUUCCAGAUGAAUAAUAGUUUUGGCUAAUGCACAUGGAUCUUUGCACUCUAAACUCUAUCCAUGGUCAUUAUGAAGUGAAACCUUCAAAGGAAUGAGCUAAGAGGCUAAGGAGUAUUCAGAGAGAAUUUUCACCCCAGGUUAAAAACUCUUAAAAGUGGGAGGUCAUUGUGCUUCACUUUUUCAAAUAUAGGUUGAGCAUUCCUAAUCUGAAAAUCCAAAAUCCUAAAUGCUCCAAAAUCUGAAACUUUCUGAGCCCAGACAUGAUGCUGAACUGUAUUAGGGAUGCUCAACUGGUAAUGUAUUCUGCAAAUAUUCCAAAAUCUGAAAAAAUCUGAAAUCUGAAAUACUUCUGGUCCCAAGCAUUUCAGAAAAGGAAUACUCAACUGUAUUCAGGAUUACCUCUAUAACAGCCCUGAAAAAUAUUUUUCCCUUGGGUUUGAUCACUCCCUCCUAAUCAAGAGACCAUUUUAAUUCUCAAGGUACAAAUCAGAAUAAAAUUUUAAGCAGUUGAAUAAUUUGUCAAACAUGGGCUUGUAACCCUCUUUUUAUUCUCUCUGGAGACCUAUGAUGAGUGGAGACUCUGCAUACCUUCUUUGAAUAGGAAAAUGACUGUAAACACAUGCAAAUUUCUUUUGUUUUUAUCUUAUUCAGUGAUGCAUGAAAAAGUUUUGAUUUGUGUAUUAAUUGUUAGCUAAUACCUGGUGAAUUCUACCAACUUGUACUAUAGUAGGGUUUUAUUUCCUGUCUAAUGGUGUUCUUUGGAUCAUGUUGGGUAAAUGUAUUAUUUAAAGAUAAGAUAUUCUUGCCAGAGAUCAUCCUGAAUCUGGAAACCUGGAAAAUUUUGUUUUAAGGAGAAUCACGAGUGCUUGGGGUGCUAUGAAUUAGUAGAAAUGCAUGUUUCCAACAACUAUAUUGCAACAGGUUAACAUAAAAGAGAAAAAGAAAAUAUAUAGUCAACAAAAUACUGCACUUUCUAGUUUUAAUUUGUGUUGUGUGUUAUUUACUUUACACAUUUGAUAGGGAAGACAGGAACUUGUGACCUUUCAUUUCAGUGAAAAGCAAUGAGCCAGAAUAUAUUUAGGCAUAAAGCAUUGAACCACAACAUGUACUGAUGAAUUCCUAAAGAAUCCACAUUAAAUGACUGAUAGACACUAUUGAAUUAAUGAAGUUAUCUUAAUGUGUGGUGAAAAAAAAUUAACAUAGUUUCUUGGGCUCACGUAUAACCCUUUGGUUCCAAAUCCUUGGUUAGAUUAGGAAAUGGAGUGAAUAAAAUUUGAUGCUGAAGCAGAUGCUGGGCAGGACCUAAAGGAAUCUAGAUCAUAAACCCUAUUUUAUUUUGGGCCCACUUAUUGUUGAGUUGAAAAUCUCAUAUGUGUAGGCUGCUGUGUCUGUGUUUACAGGGCCAUGUUGGGUCCGAGUUUGAGCUGGCAACCAAGAUCUCUUUCUGAACUUUCAAGAAAGAUACCGAUAUCUUAUUGGCCCAUUAUUUAUUUAGUUAAGUUUUAGAAUACACGUACAUCAGUGUUUUCAACUAUUUGGUGGACAUUUCACCGAUGUGUACGGAAAGUAGCAGAUUUAAGUAUAAUCACCUGAGUGAUCUGACAAUAGAAAUUCUCUAUUUGCUUCCCAAAAGAAAAAUAGUCAAAACAGUAAAUCAAAUAGGAAAUUUAAUUAUAGGAAAUUAAAGAAAGGUGAGAUCCAAUUCACUCAGCAGGAAGGAUACAGCUUAAGAUGGUCAUUUGGGUCCCUUUAAUAAACAAAGAUGUUCUUCUUUGCUGUGUGUUUGGAGUUGAAGUUGGAGAACACAUACCACCUGUCAACUCUGAAAUGGCUGCUGGUCACACAGAUGUGGUUUUAUCUGAGAAUUUUGGAACCCAAACUAUUUUGAUGAAAGGUACAUAGGAAAGCUGCAGAAAAGACUGCAGACUGCAUCCUCUAAAGAGAGAGAAGCACCUUGUUAAUGUCCACAACCACUCCUGAUUUCUAGCUUCCUGUCCUACUUGAAGGAGUAAACAUUGAAAACUUUAAAGGGAAUCAUGUAAAUUGUUUUUCCAUUGCCUUUGUCAACUAAUACUAGUUUUUUUGUUUUGUUUUGUUUUGUUUUGUUUUAAUCACCAGCACACUUGCAAACUUGUUAUUGAAAAUUUUACUAAAGGAAGAGAAGAGUUUCAAAAGGCUUGAGGGUAAAAAGUAGUAUCAAGUUGGGAAUUGCUUUUGUUCUGUUCCUGAAAGUCUUCCUGAGUCACCACCCUUGUUCUUGUUCCCAUUUCUUCACUUCACAUUCCCCUUUUUUGACCACACUAAUAUGUGGAUGGUGAAAGGUAAAGGUGAAUGAUCAUGUUAACUUUUAUUUGCCUCCUUAAGUUUCAGCCCAGCCUGUGACCAUCACACCAAAUAUGAAUGAAAUGGCUCAAUUGCCCAUUUCUUAUGGACUAGAAGAAAGGAUGAAGGAAGGUUGGCAGGACCCCAACCUUGCUCUCUGGAGACACAACACAGAGGCAGCUCUCCACCUUGAUUUUACACACAGGCCCAGAGUGCCUAGAAUGUAAGGGCGAGUUUGUGUGUGAAGGGACUCUAGAAUAGCUGAUAAAAAUGGCUAAAUGUUAACCAUACAUGGCUUAGUCCAGUAUUCCCAUAACUUGUAAUUCCAUAAAUUUAGUCUGACUUGUAUCCCAGCAAUCACUAAUUAAGUAUGUGUGACCCCAUUUUUGAGUUUAUAGUAACAAUGUUCUUGAAAUCAAGUCAAUGUUACCUGUAUUGCAUUGUAAUAGAACCAUAUAUACUGCAUAAGUGGUUUUUAUCAAUGUCAGUUAAAGUAGGAUGGGCUAGAGUUUGGGAGUAAGGGGAGACAGUGCAGCCUUUGCACUCUGAAAUGGCAAGACAGUUGUAGUCUCUGAGUCUACCAAAGAUUCCUGUUUGAGGGGUGUGAAUGGAGUGUGUGUGUCUGUGUGUGCAUGCAUGCAUGCACACAUAUCGUCAUAUUUUCUUCCAUGUUGUUAAUUCAAGCACUCCAAAUAAAGGCAUCCAAAGAAUACUGAGAAAUGACCAUAGGUAUUUGGCAUAAGUUAAUUUGAUCCCCUUUGCCAAAAUCUCUCAAAGUUGGAACUGGAGUUCUCAACAAAGGUGGGGGAAAUGGACCAUUGCUUUAGCCUCAUUCUCCAGUAAACAUCUUCUCAUCCACAAAGAUGAAACUCAGGAGAGCUUGUCCUAAAGGCUCAUGUGUGGCAUUGGGAGGGCAAUAGUGACCAGAACACCACAAGGCCUGCAAGAUGUUACUUUGAAUGAGGGAACAUUUAGCAUCGUUUGUUCUAUGGAGAAGAGGUGAACUCCCUCUUCUGACUAUUUGAGUUGACUGAGGAGGUUCUACCCAGCUGUAAGGAGUGUUGAGGCCAUCAUGCUUCAGAAAAUAAUGUGCAUACAAUCUCAAGGGCUGUCAACAAGGGAAAGGAAGGGAAAAACAUCUAUAAAGUCAAUCUUAGUUUUUGCAAUACCUCUCAUUUCCAGACUGUUGGAUUUAUGUUAUUGCACUCUUAGUGUGAUCGAUCUUAUGUAUCUGAUAGUUUUUAUGAAUAAUUGUUUGAGUUGUAAACUCCUAUACACUUUAUUAAAAUGAACCUAAUUAAAUAAUUUA